CCGUUGCCCUCGGCAGCGGCAGAGCGAAGGCGCGGAGAUGGACGACGAACCCGAACGGACCAAGCGCUGGGAAGGAGGCUACGAAAGAACAUGGGAAAUUCUUAAAGAAGACGAAUCCGGAUCGCUGAAAGCGACCAUCGAGGACAUUCUUUUCAAGGCAAAGAGGAAAAGACUCUAUGAACACCAUGGACAAGUUCGACUUGGAAUGAUGCGUCACCUUUACGUGGUUGUUGAUGGAUCAAGAACUAUGGAGGACCAGGAUUUAAAACCGAACAGACUCACUUGCACUUUGAAGUUACUGGAAUAUUUUGUUGAAGAGUACUUUGACCAAAAUCCCAUUAGUCAGAUUGGCUUAAUUGUAACCAAGAGUAAAAGAGCUGAAAAAAUGACAGAACUUUCAGGUAAUUCAAAAAAGCACAUAACUGCUCUGAAGAAAGCAGUGGAUAUGAACUGCAGUGGAGAGCCAUCUCUAUAUAAUUCCCUAAAUUUGGCCAUGCAGACUUUAAAGCACAUGCCAGGACAUACAAGCAGAGAGGUUUUGGUAGUCUUCAGCAGUCUGACGACAUGUGAUCCAUCCAACAUCUAUGAUCUAAUAAAGUGUUUAAAAGCAGUUAAGAUCAGAGUAUCUGUCAUCGGCUUAAGUGCUGAAGUUCGAGUUUGUACAGUGCUUGCCCGAGAAACUGGUGGAACGUACCACGUUAUCUUAGAUGAAAGUCAUUACAAGGAACUGCUGAUGCAUCAUGUUAGUCCCCCACCCGCCAGUUCAAGCUCUGAGUGCUCCCUUAUUCGAAUGGGUUUUCCUCAGCAUACUAUUGCUUCCCUAUCUGAUCAAGAUGCAAAGCCAUCCUUCAGCAUGGCGCAAUUGGAAAACAACAGUGAGCCAGGUCUUACGCUAGGUGGCUAUUUCUGUCCCCAGUGCAGAGCCAAAUACUGUGAGCUGCCUGUGGAAUGCAAAAUCUGUGGUCUUACACUAGUGUCUGCACCUCACCUGGCUCGCUCUUACCAUCACUUGUUUCCUUUGGAUGCCUUCCAGGAAGUUCCCCUGGACGAAUAUCAGGGGGAACGGUAUUGUCAAGGCUGCCAAGGAGAAAUGAAAGAUCAAAAUGUUUACAUAUGUAAAGUGUGUCAGAAUGCAUUUUGUGUGGAAUGCGAUUUGUUUGUUCAUGAUUCUCUGCACUGCUGUCCUGGCUGCAUUCACGAGCACCCUGCUCCUGUAUCUGUAUGAUACCAUCUCUUUUUAGAAAUUGUCAUAUCUAUGUAAUUCUUGCAUAAAUCUAUUUUGCUUAUUCAGCCAUAUCCACUGAUGCACCUCAAAACAAGAAGGACCUAGAUGAUUACAGGAGAAUGAACUCCGGCUUGGGAACAAACUUUAACUUUUGGCUAAUGUAUUAAUGAUUGUUUUACUGCUAAUAUAUUCUUGAAUCAUCUGUGUCUGAGUUCUUUUCUUUGUUCUUGUCUGAAAAGCUCUGGCUCUUCCAGAAAGUUAUUGUGAGUACCAUGUAUAUUUGUAAAUGUGAAAGUGAUAAAACUGGUUUCUAUGAUAAUGUGAUGAUUCAUCUUUGUUUCAUUAUUUGUUAAAAAAAGAAGCCCUGAAAAUAUGUUUUAUAUAUCAAUUGUUAGAAGCUCUUGGUUCUGGUGGAUGGUGGACUUCUAUAGAUCAAAAUAUAUUUUUUUAAGAAUUUAACAAAGAUGUUUUUGAGCAAUCAGUGGGGGAACAUUUCAAAUACUAAUUUGAAGUGUUGUGGCUAAUCACCUUGGCUUUCAGUAAGGAAACGCAAAUACAGCUGUUAAAAAUGUGCUGAAAACGCGUUUUAGGUUUUAAUGGUACAGCUCAAAACUGAGUGAAUUGUAUUACUGUUGUGUCUGUAGUUGUACAGCUUAAGUUUCACUGUCUUGUCAGAGUGUGAGGUUGCUGAAAGGCAAUGAAUUUGCAAUGUUGUAAGACCUGAAUUUAUACAAACUAUUGUUUGAUCGUCACAGUAUUGAAGAAAGUGAUGCUAUUCUGAUUCUGAGGCUAGAAUGAAUUGCCAGAACUGCAAGUCAUCUUCUCUCCUUGGCUAAAGCCCCAGAACAACAGACAACAGAAGAAGAGGCAGGGGGAGAAGGAGAAGCACGCAUCCUUACCUGAGCAGUGAAGAAUGGAAAUUGAGACAAGUGCAAGACCCUGUUCACCAUUUUGCAGUCUCUGUUCAAAAUGUGAUUGCAAUUUGAACUUUUGAGAAUGUAGCAUGCUACACCUCAGUAGGAGGAAGUUGUGAUGGUGCAGUGUCUAUAAAGCAGUACAUCACCUCUAGUUUUCAGAAGUCAUCUUGUGUUGUUUUUAAUAGAUCAGUGACUGAGUUACUCUGGAUGUAUUUGACUUAAUUUUUAAAACUGUGACUUUUGUUGUCAGAUUAGGAAGAGCAAUCAUCUAACCACUGAACCUUAAAAGUGCAAACAAGCAAACAGAAAAAUCAAACCCCCAUCUUAAGUUAGUUCCCUGUUUUUCAUGCUCACCAUGUACAAACAAUACAUGCUACUUCUCAGUUUUCACAGGCAGUUUUUGUUUCAAGUCCUUUAAACGUGCAAAUUCUCAAUUUUUAACAUGGCUUCUGCUUCUUCUACUUGUUACAGCUGCAGUCUGGCUGAGGCAGUAAUUCUGCUAUGUUGGCAGAAAAAUGACUGUUUCAGCAUCUGUGUUUCAUUUUGUGCUGAUUUAAACAAUCUCUAUAAACCCUUUGUGCUAUCAGGUGACUGCAGUGCCUGUUACUGUAAGGGUGUCCUAAAAACUAGCAUAAAAAUGACAUAUCCAUGGGGGUUGGUGUGGUCGAGUAGCCCAUUCCAAGCCCAAGGAAUGUCCUAAGCAUCUGGCUCUUGGAUACUCUGAUACUGGUGACAGUGUCUUGAUACGAUGUUUUCUGAUAAUACUUUCAUCCUGACAGUAUUUCCUAAUGGGAAAAAAAGGUUUUGUCUAAACACUUUAAAUCUGUUCCAGUUUUUUUCUCUUUGCUAGAUACCAAAAUAACAUACUUGGAAGUAGAAGCUGUGUGGAAGUUGUGGCCAUGUACUCCAUAAUCUGCUUGUGGUCUGAGUAAUGAUGUGACUUGUAGUUUUCCACCCUUCUCAUUGGAUAGGAAGAGCAGUUCAAACUAGGUCCUGAAAAAUCACUAUUGGGGCAACAUUUCUCUGAUGUGUAAAGAACUUCAGCUGGGGCCUUUGUUUUUAAAGCAUCAUGGAGGAAAUUCUUCCUUCAUCUGCAGUGUUCGACUGGGAUUCUCUGGAUCUCAAGCCUCCUUUGCUUGUGGGAAGCUACACCCUGCUUCAUUCUUGUUACUCUAUUUUCUUAUUUACUGGAUCUGCUAAAAGAUGAGUCAAUCGGUGAGGUUAUUGGCAAGCCUGUGGGAAAUUCUUACACUUCCUGAAGAAGUUGCAUAAUACAGUUUGGACAUAAAGCAUUGGGGGAAGAGACAAAAAGACAAAAGCAUCCUAUGGUGGGGUUGAGGGCACAACUGUGGCAAGAAGUUUGAGGCUGAAAGGCACAGUGAGAUUAGAGAGCGCACUGCCACAUGGAGUGAAGGGGAUUUCUGACAG